AUGGCAGUUUCUAAUAUGAAUGAAUUGUGUCGCUUGUGCUUGGAUUCUUCUGAAAUGCUUUACAGACUAGAUUCUGACUUUUGCAUUCUAGUUAUGGAAUCAGGAGCAUCAGUAACAAUAACAGAUGCGCUUAAUUAUCUUUCCAUGGAUAUUAAAAUUAUUCCCGAAGAUUCAACAGAAGAAAACAUCAAAAGUGAAGACGACGAAACUGAUACUAAAGAAGAUCCAGAAGAAGAAUUAAAUCUUCCGAAGUCUUUAUGUCAGGAAUGCCUUGAGAAGUUGCAGUCAGCUUAUGAAUUUAAGUUUCGUUGUGAGGAAAAUCGCAAUUUCUUACGCAAUUACGUACGAGAGUGUGAGGAUAGUAAGAAAGCUGAUGAGAGAGCUGCAAGGGAGGCUGCUUUAAUAGCAUUGGACUUAGAUAUUGAUAACAUAAGCAGCUUACCAGAUAAGUUGGUAUUGAAACAAAUAAAAAAAGAGAAGAAGCCACGCAAGCCUCGUGAUCCUACAAAGCCUCCAGUUGUACGUCGUCGGCGUGUUCUAGAAAAGAAUGUCAUAAUUGCUGAAGACAGUCAAGUCGAAACUGGAGCCUAUGUGCGUAAGCUUAUUACAACUCCUGAGCAAUCACCUGAACAGAAACAUGCGAGUAAGCGCAAAUCCAAACAUGUUAUAAUUGAAGAUAUUUUGGUUGACAAAUCAAAGGAUAAAAGUUCUAAAAAAGAUACAAGUAACAAACAUGCAAGCACUAAAGAAAACAAGACCCGUUCAGGUGAAACUUCAGAAUCCACCAAAACCUCACAAGAUACUAAACCAGAUGAUGAACCAAUUUUUGAGGAUGAUGAAGACUUUGAAGAUGAACCUCGUAAACAAUCUAAACGAUUGAAAAUAAUUUUGUGUAGAGACGAAAAAAUGGAAGGAGUUCAAGAGUUAUCCGAUUUAUGUCGUAUUUGUUUGGAAUCACCUGGCAUUUUAAUUCCAUUUGAUUCAAGAGUUCAUUUCACAUUAAAAAGCAUUCCUCAAGUGAUUAAAUUCUGUCUUGACAUUGACUGUAACAUUGUAGGAGGCGAUAUUCUUCCUAAAAGCAUCUGUCAAGUAUGUCUUGAAAAACUUCAAACAGCUUAUGAAAUUAAAAGCAAAGGAAAAGAAUCAGAAAAAUAUCUGAAAGAUAUUUUAUUAAAUCAAAUUGAAUCUCAAGAGACGCUACCAACUUAUUCGUCGACAUCUCGAUAUGAUGUAUCAGAUGGAGAAAGUCUUUUGGUGCAGGUAGAAAGUCCUAAAAAUGGGGACGUAGAAAAAUUACUGUCACGGGGACUAAUACGCGGCUAUCGAAGUCUAUUCUCAUGUACAGUUUGUUUGAAACAAUUUAAAUAUUCAAAACCAUUCUUGAAUCAUAUGAUGUUGCAUAACAAAAAUGGAAAUAUAACUCCAGCAAAGAAAACGCAGCAAUCACCUUACGAUUCAGUUUCACCAUACCAUUCUCCCGCUCUUUUUGAUUCAAAUUUAUUAGAAUCUUCUUCAGUGGAAACAUCAAAUUAUACGAAUGAUGAAGGAGAUGAACUACUUUCGGAAACAACAGGAUAUGUUCCAAUACGGAAAGGAAGUGGAAGACGCCAAAAGUUUUUGAAAAGUCUUUUAUCAGAUUCACAUCAAGAUGGAAACUCUUCUUCAGAAUUCAAUGAUACUUCAAUAGCAGUAUAUGAAAAUAAUGAAGAAAGUGAAUUGGUGAAAGAUAAAUCAGAAAAUCGAGUGCAAAGAGGCCGCGGGAGACCACGAAAAAUUAAGCCUGAAUUGUUAGAUUCACUUAAAUGUGAUCCUCAAGAAGGAAAGUCUUCUCCUGACUUCGGUGAAAUGGUAACAGCUGAUUAUAUGAAUGACGAAGGGGAUGAAUUACUCAGGGAAACGACAGGACAUGUUUCGUUGGUCAGAGGUCGAGGAAGACCGCCAAAAUAUAAAAACAAUUCAGAAGGUUCAUCGAAACAUCAUGUUGUAAAUGAGGAAUCCAAGAAGAGAGGAAGAGGAAGGCCAAGAAAGUAUGAAAAAUCCAAUCAGACUCGCCCAACUGAACAUUCUAUUCCAAGCGGUCGUGGCAGGCCAAGAACCAAAUUUCUUGAUUCAGAUGAAGAAAUUUCACCAAUCAAAAAAGAAGAAUCCUCAAGUGAUACAGAUUCUUCAGAUCAAUCAUCUUUUUCCAAAAAAAAGAUAAGAAAAGCAAGAAAAAUUCAAGAUUCAGACAAUAGCGUUGAGAAUGAGAAUGCAGCUUCAAUUCUUGCAGAUUUUUGCGAAGUUGAUGUUAAUAAAGUUCUUGAAAAGAAGGUGCCUAGCUUCAAUUCAGUUGCUGCAUCUGCACAACCAACUCGAUCUCGUUCACGAUCAUCAUCAGUUGAAUUAAUUCAAGAAUUUGAUAUAUUUGGAAGUCCAAUUUCUGGCGACAGUUCAAAAACUGGAUCAGGAAAUACUUUUGCCUGCACUUUCAAAGGAUGUAAUCGAAAAUUCCAUUUACGAGCCAAUAUGAACAAGCAUCUUCGGGAAUUUCAUGCAGCAUUGAACUAAAUUUAAUUUUAAUUGAACUUUGUUUAAGAAUUUCUGUUUAUCGUUUGUCAUCAUAAUAUUUUUUUCAUUAGAAUCAAUUUAUCAUUCAUGAUUCAUCAUUUAAAAAACUAAAAAGAAGGUUGAACAAUUGUCAUGUCAAGUUUCGCAAUUAUUCGCUGAAAAAGAUUUAAAUAAAAACAUUUUUAAGAAAACUUAUAA